AUGGGCUCCAUCAAUUUUCCCGCCGAAGAGGAGCGCAUCCUCAAGCACUGGGACGAGACGAACGCCUUCCACCGCCAGCUCGAGCUCUCCAAAGACAAACAACCAUAUGUCUUCUACGACGGGCCGCCCUUUGCCACUGGCACGCCGCAUUAUGGCCAUCUUCUCGCGUCAACCAUCAAGGACAUCAUCCCACGAUAUUGGUCUAUGAGAGGACGAUAUGUCGAACGAAGAUUUGGCUGGGAUACACAUGGUGUACCAAUUGAGCAGAUCAUCGAUAAGCAGCUACAAGAAGAGCUUGGCGUGCGAGGGAAGGCAGCUGUGGACAAGAUCGGUAUCGAGGAGUACAACAGAAGAUGUCGGGAGGCCGUGCUCACAUAUGCUGGUGUGUGGAGGAAAGUCAUUGGCCGUUUAGGACGAUGGAUUGAUUUUGAUCGCGACUACAAGACGAUGGACCCGACCUUCAUGGAGACGUGUUGGUGGGUGUUUGCACAACUAUACAAGAAGGGCUUGGUCUACCACGGAGCUCGAGUGCUACCCUACUCGAUGGCAUUGAACACCCCUCUGUCGAAGAGCGAAGCUGGUGAGGAGUAUAAAGACGUGCAGGACCCAGCUGUGACGGUCUCGUUCCCUGUGCUCCCAGUCGACGAACAGCCGGAGAAGGUGAGAGCGAAGGUCGAGGAGAUUGAGAAAGUGGUUGGCGGCACAGUCCACUUCGUAGCGUGGACAACGACACCUUGGACACUACCGAGCAACCUUGCAUUGUGCGUGCAUCCCGACUACGAAUACAUCCUGGUCCACGAUGUCGAGUCAGCGAACACCUGCAUCAUGCUGGAAGCUGGUCUCAAGGUUCUGUUCAAGGACCCCAAGAAAGCCAAGGACAAGUUCAAAGUCUUGCCAUUGAAGGUCAAGGGCUCUGAUUUGGCCGACAUCAGGUACAAGCCACUCUUCACCUACUUCUAUGAUCAAUUCAAGGACAUUGGCUUCAGGGUCCUGCUCGACACAUACGUUAAGCAAGAUGACGGUGUCGGUGUUGUGCACCAAUCUCCGGCCUUUGGUGAGGACGACUACGGAAUCAGCUGGAGAUAUGGCAUCAUCAAUGGAGACCGACCACCUCCGAACCCAUUGGAUGCUGGCGGUAACUACACGAGCGAGGUACCGGACUUUGAAGGACAAAACGUCAAGGCAGCCGACAAGAACAUCAUCAAGUACCUUGAGGGUCUGGGUCGCAUGGUACGCAAGUCCCAGAUUACUCACAGAUAUCCACACUGCCCGCGAUCAAAGACGCCCCUUAUCCAGCGAGCUGUUCCCAGCUGGUUCAUUAAGGUCGAGGACACUGCGCCACAACUGGUUGAGAACCUACAACAGACACAUUGGGUACCGUCGAUGGUGAAGACUGGACGUUUCAACAACUGGCUUGCAGCUGCGAAGGACUGGAACGUCAGCCGCAACCGCUUUUGGGGUACUCCGCUGCCGCUUUGGGCAUCUGAGGACUUCAAGGAGAUCGUCUGUGUCUCGUCUGUUGCCGAGCUCAAAGAGCUGUCCGGCUAUCAGGGCGAGAUCAAAGAUCUGCACAGAGACUCCAUCGAUCACAUCACCAUUCCCUCGAAACAAGGUAAGGGCAACCUUAAGCGUGUUGAGGAAGUCUUCGACUGUUGGUUCGAGUCAGGAUCUAUGCCGUACGCCUCUUCACACUACCCAUUCAGCUACCCCGGCUUUGAUGCAUCACAGACGGAUUCUGGUAUCUCGCCGACAGAAGGUCCAGGCAAGGAACUCUUCAAGAAAUUCCCUGGUGACUUCAUCGCAGAGGGCCUUGACCAAACCCGAGGAUGGUUCUACUCUCUUUCUGUUCUUGGUACACAUCUGUUCGGCACCUUCCCCUACAAGAACUGCGUUGUCAACGGUAUUGUGCUGGCGGAGGAUGGCAAGAAAAUGUCAAAGUCGCUCAAAAACUUCCCAGAUCCCAUGCUUGUCAUCGACAGAUAUGGCUCUGAUGCACUGAGACUAUACCUCAUCGACUCGCCGGUCGUGAGGGCCGAGCCUCUGCGAUUCUCAGAAGCUGGUGUCAAGCAGAUCGUCUCUGGUGUGCUGCUGCCCCUCUGGAACUCGUACAACUUCUUCGCACAACAAGCAGCAUUGUUCAAGAAGAACACCGCGGAAGACUUUGUGUUUGACCCAGACAUGCAGAAGUCGAAUCACAAUGUUAUGGACAGAUGGGUACUGGCCGCCACACAAUCCCUGCUGCAGUACGUCAACCAGGAGAUGGAAGCAUAUCGCUUGUAUACUGUCGUACCUCGUCUACUAAAGAUGGUGGAUGAUGUCACGAACUGGUACAUUCGAUUCAACCGCAACCGAUUGAAGGGCCAGACUGCAUCGGGUGGCAAGCCUACUGCUGAUGAUGCCCAGGCCAAUAGCGUCAAUGGAACGACUGAUGAAGAGGAAGGUAGCAAGACUGAUACUCUUCACGCCCUCAACACUUUGUACGAAGUGCUCUACACACUCACGCGAGCAUUGGCUCCUUUCAUUCCCUUCUUGAGCGACAACAUCUUCCAGCAACUGGCAUCACAUCUUCCUGACACCAUAACGAAGGGCCAAGAUGUUAGGAGCGUGCACUUCUUCAGUUUCCCAACAGUUCGCGAAGAAUUGUUUGACACCACCGUUGAGCGCCGCGUCAGCCGGAUGCAGAAGGUCAUCGAACUGGGUCGCAUCUGCAGAGACAGGAGAACCGUGUCACUGAAGACACCUCUGAAGACCUUGGUUGUCUUACACCAAGACCAAGAGUUUCUCGAUGAUGUGCGAACACUGGAGAACUACAUUGCGGAAGAACUCAAUGUUCGCGAUCUUGUACUUACUAGCGACGAGAGCAAGUAUGGUGUCGAAUAUGCCGUGCUAGCCGAUGUCAAGAACCUCGGAAUGAAGUUCAAGAAAGAUGCGGCCAAGAUCAAGGCUGCACUGCCCAAGCUCUCUCCAGCCGAAAUUCGUGGCUUCCUCGACUCUGGUAGCAUCACGGUGGAGGGCAAAGACUUGACUGCCGAGGACCUCAGAGUGCAGCGCAACCUCAAGAAGAGCAAGGACACCGAGAACUUGGAGCCAGGCGUCGAUGCGGAUGUCAUGAUCUUGCUCGACGCUUUCGCAUACCCCGAGCUGGCACAAGAAGGCCUCGCUAGAGAAGUCCUGAACCGCAUUCAGCGACUUCGAAAGCGAGCAGGACUUGUGCCGACAGACGACGUCAAGGUCGCCUACACUGUACUUUCGCCGGCUGCGGUUGAUGGCGUAGGUGGAGCUGUGUCGACCGGGGAGAAGAACGCCAAUGCCGAAGUGAGCAGGUUGGAGCAAGAGAGACAGGUUGAUGAGAUGUUUGAUGCACAGAAGGCCACUUUCGUCAAGGCUGCUAGCAAGGGUGUUGCUCGUGAAGCCGGUAGUGAGGCCGCUACUGUCGUCGCCGAGGAAGAAACAGAUGUGAAGGACAUUCGGUUGCUGCUGAAGCUAUUGAAGGUCUGA